AUAGAUAGAUAGAUAGAUAGAUAGAUAGAUAGAUAGAUAGAUAGAAUGCAUAACAAUGAUAUACAAAGAUAACAAAUAUACAAUGCAUAACAAUGUACAUUAUGAAUACCAAUUUACAGUUUUUCUCAAUUGCUAACACACUGUAACUGAUUAAUUUGGCACAAUUUCCCAAACUAUUUAUUCACUUCUCAAAACAAAGACAAAUUUCUCAAACCUAUAAACACAUUUCACUUGUUUUCAUACAUUCCAAUUUUCCUAAUGAUUUUUGCAAAACUCUACACAAAAAUGCCCUUAUGUUACCAUAUUACUUCCCUAAUAGUUAUACUACAAAGCAUUUGUCAUGAUCAGAACAAAGUCUAGCCAUUGCACUUGAUAGAUGCCAUCUGCAUCGAUUGGUUAUCUUACUUUACUCAUUGUCAGACAGUACUGAAGUAUAAAUACGUGAUUCCACCGACUCUCAUAACACAUGCUGGUUCGCGCCUGCUGCAGUCCAUAAUUAUUGACAGGUUUGAUGUGCUCAGUGAGUGGAAAGUAUGGGAGAAUUGGAGUUGCACAGAGUGUGUGUGACUAACUCCCACCCUCAGGCCCAUCACUCUGUAAUGGAAAGAUUAAAAGCAGAGCACCCCCCCCCCCAAACACAAAAAAAAAACAUCCUCUCUCUCUCUUUCUCUGUUUCUGUCUAUCUAGCGUGCCCUCUCCCUCCUAUACCUCUCUCCCUCCCUUAUACUAUAGUCCCCUCCCUCUCUCAUGUUAAAUAGAUUACAGAGGGUUCACUUAUUUAAAGACUUCGACAAAAGCUGUGCAUGCACAUUUUUUUUGGGUCGGCUUAGAGCAAUUACACCCACACAUUGUGAGCACCUAACUGGAGGAAUCUAAUUAUAACCUACCACAAAGCCAGCCUAUCGUCCACAGUCUGGAGUCUGGACCUCACAUUGCCUUCAACGAAAGAGUUCCCGAGAAGCUCCAGGACAACAUCAGCAGCAGCUGCAGCCCCGUCUGACCCAGCUGGAUCUUCUUACGCCGACUGCACCCUGCUUCGUUUCUUUCCAGGAGAAAGGAGCCUCACAGAGAGCUCCACACACCAACUCCCAAGCUGUCUCUUCGACUGCUUCCAGCGAUUCUUAUGGACAAUGAGGAGGAUGAUGAUGGGAACUUCACUAAGUGGAUGAGCAGUUACUGGGGGCAUGGGGACGAGAACUCCAAAGAAAGGAAGAGGAGUUUCAGGAGGCCCUCCCGCUACAAAGCUGACCGCCGUGCCUCUUUGCCCAGCAUGUCUCAGCUAGAAGCCAUGCAGGUGAACCAUCUCCAUGCUAACAACAUGGCCCCUCUCCCUGUCCACCUAAAGAGUCGUGAGGAGAAGGAGGUGCAUUCUCACCCUCGUGCCCGCCGUGUGUCUUCAGACGAAAACAGCCGAACCAAAGUGGGGGGACCUGAAUGUCAUAUCACCACCAUUCCAGAGCUCUCCGAGUGCUUAGAGAAGAGGCUGCGUUUCCACAACCAGAAGGUGAUAUCAAUGGGCGAUGCAGAUAGCAUAUGUCUUAUUUGCCAUGAAGAACUACGGAAUGGAAGGGGUGGCAUCCAAGAGCUUAACUGCAGCCAUCAUUUUCAUAAAGAGACUGUGCUGACAAAAUGGCCGGAGCACCGCACACGUCCACGUAGCGGAAGUUCUGCACCUGCAUGUGAACGAGGGAAGGAGACACCGUUCUGCCCUGGACAAGAGGAAUAUCGCUUGCCUCGCCGUCAACUCUCUUUACGUAGACAGCGUUGAUUGUUUCCAGUGUAAUAUACCAUUUGUACCAAUAGUAGUUCAACUAAACGGUAAUCACUCAGUGUAUUAUCAAAAACCACAUUAAAUUUGAAAUUGUUCAUUUUACUUUGUGUAAAGCUCCACAUACUUGCUUAAAAAUUAACUUGGUGAUCUCUUGUUUGCAGGAAAUGUUGUCUUUUCCCCCUUUUUAAAAUCAGCAAAGCAAAGAAUUAGGUACCAGCAUUUUUUAUUUCUUUUAUUUUCUCAUUCCAAGUCAUUUACAUUUUAUAAAUUAUAUAUAUUAUAUAUAAAUGAUAUAUUAUAUUACAAUUAAAAAUGUCUUAAGUACUUUUUGUCAUUUUUCUUUGGUAAGAGAUAUGAAACAUAAUAUGGGUAUUUUAGUCUGUGUGUUAGUGGACUGUCAAUCAAAUUUUGUUUUUCAGAGUUAAUAUACUGCUAUUUUGGAUUAGAAAACCAAACUGUGAAUAUAAAAUGAUUAGGGGUAUUUUGGUAAAAUAUGGUAAUAUCCUGAAUUUGCAGGUCAUAUGUCAGGAGUUGCAGUUGUGAAGAUACAGUAGCUUGUUAAAUGCACAUGCUGGAAAUUAGCUGGUGGCUAAUCACGCCACUGUAAUGGAAAUCAAUGGUGGGCCACGGUUUUGCCCCUCAAAGGUCAACAGAUCUGUUUUUCAUGCAUGCCAUCAUGCCUCUGUUACAGCUGUUGUACACCGCUCAGUAAAAUAAAAUGUUAUGGGUUAAGAUUUAUUUAUACACAUAAACUUUCGGCAAUUCUUUUCUUAUAGGGUGGAGAAGGAACAUUUAAUUUGUUUCCUUUAGCAUUUAUGUCACACACUAUCAGGCUUAUUUUUUGUUUUAAUAAUGUAUAUUUGUAAAAAAAAAAAAAAAAAUUAAUGUGUCUAAGCAUACACUCUUAAAAAUAAAGGUUCCAAAGGUUUUUCCUUUGGGAACAGUUCUUAAAAUAACGAUUUUUUUCUUAUUGUGAAGAAUAUUUUAAUAUUCUGAAGAACCUUUUUCCACAAUAAAACACCUUUUGUUCUUCAUAUAACCAGAUGCUAAUAAAGUACUCUUUUUUUUUUUUUAAGUGUAUAUGUAGAUCAAAAGGUUUUUAAGAUCAUGUAAACAUAUACAGUCUGAUAGUGUUUUGCUAAUCUUCUUUAAAAGCAAUAAUUGUUUUAUUAUUUUAAGCAUGUGUAGAUGCAUGUUCCAAUAGUUUUCCAUUUUUAUGACCCUCCAUAAUUUGACUUUCCUCUCUUACAGUGCAUUGAGAAAUGGCUUUGGCAGAGAGAGUCAUGUCCCACCUGUCGAGUUCAUGUGAUCAUGCCUGAACCCUUUUACUGGUCCUCAGUUUCCCUGACAAUCUCCAUAUUUCUUCACUUUCUAUGUCUGUUUGCUUCCUGUCACUGAUUUAGUAUGUUUUUUUAUUAUUAAAUAAAAAAAGACCAUCAUCUCUGGGUGGAGGCAUGGGUUAAAGACUUGAAUUAAGUAGAGGCGAGUGUGUGUAGCAAUCCUGCAUGAUUAUAUGGUCUGUUACUUGCACACUCCCCCUGAGAUAAGAGUUUUAGAUAUGCAUCUUUAUAUGAAUCUCAAGAGCCUCAGCUCUAUUCAUUCCUUACCCUCCUUUUCUGUCUUUCCUGCUUAUUUUCCUCUGUGGUGUCAUGAGGACAGGAUGUUUGGCUAGGCUAAAAACUGUGCAUGCUAAGUGUAUGACCACAGAGCCUUUCUGUUUAGUCUUCGUCAGUCUCUCCACUCAUGUAUUGCACAAAAUGCACAUCUGCAUUACCCAUUAACACAUGCCAAAUUGAAAGGCAGAGAAUUUUAGACUCUGUCCAAUGUAUUGUGAUGUUUCUGAUGAUCAGAAAUGUAAAUAUAAGUUUCAAAGUUGUAGAAUAUGUUGUUUGUACUAAAACCACACUUCUAAUUAAAUAUUCACAGAUCAAGAAAUACCUACAUUGUUGCAAAAUUUUUAUAUAGUGCUGUUAUUUUGACAUUAUUGUUUACGUGCUGUUUUUACAGAACAGAUUUAAUUUAUAGG